AUGAAAUACUCCACUCUCGCUUUAUUCGCUACCGCUGUCGUCGCUGCCGAGGAGACCUUCAACCUCAGAGUCGUCUCUGAGAACGCCGAGGUCGACGGCAAGGGUAUCUCCCCAGUCAGAGAAGGUGCUGGUAUCAACUUCUUCCUUCUCGAGGCUGAGGUUGGCCCUGAGUUCCACUACAACGCCGAGGAGGCCCGUCUCUACCAGUACGACGGUGAGGACCAGGCCAACGUUGGUGUUGACGCUGGUUUCCUCCAAGGUGGCCGUGCUGUCGAGCCAUCCGAGGUCACCUUCAACGAUGAGGGUGUUCUCAAGAUCGCCGAGCAGCUCUGGGCCUGUAAGGACCUUAACGACCCAUCCCAGCACUUCGUUGAGGACUACGGUGUCGCUGCUGCCGAUGAGGCCCCUAACGACACCUGUCACAAGAUCUCCUUGCAGAGAGACGACGGUGACAAGAAGGAGGAGCCAGCUCCAUCCCACGAUGGCUGGAACCAGACCACCACCAAGCAGGUCACCGUGACUGGUUACACCACCUACUGCCCUGAGCCAACCACCUUCACCGUCACCACCUGUGUCGAGAAGGUCUGUGCUCCAAAGGAGGUGACCGUGUCCGAGCCAAAGACCGUGACCAUCACUGAGAAGUGUCUCGUUGACAAGACCACCACCCCACACCCAUCUAAGGUUGAGCCAACCGAGAAGCCAAAGGAGACCGAGCCAAAGGAGACCGCUCCAAAGGAGACUGCUCCAAAGGAGACUGAGACCAAGCCAUCCACUGUUGCUGCUCCAUCCACCUCUGCCUCCGUCACCUCUUUCGAGGGUGCUGCUGUGAAGAACGCUGCUGGCUUCGUCGCUGGUGUUGCCGGUGUCGCUGCUUUGUUGAUCUAA